AUGGGGACAGUGUAUAUUAAAUCAAUAAAAAAGAUAGCUUGCCAGGCAAGAUAUAAAGGAGGAUUUAUAAGAUGUAAUUUGACCAAAACAGAAAAACCAAAAGCAAUCUCCAUUGUUCUACAUUCCCAAAUCAAAAAGAACAGAAAUUUUACGCCAAAAAUUAAACUAACAGUUCAAUAUCCGUCAAAAUUUUUGAGAAAUUUUACACGUUGUGUUCCAGCUUUUUAUAAUUUCACAGAUCAAAAUGCCUUGAUACAAAUGUUAGAGAGUGACUUAAUGUUUGGGAUGAAUCAUUUUAUAAUGUAUAAUUAUACUGGAAUGACACCUAAAAUACAACAAAUUCUCAAAUCAUAUCAAGAUGAAGGUGUUCUCACACUGCUCCAGUGGAAUUUACCUGUGCUUAAAAAAGAUAUUCAUUAUUUUGGACAAAUGUCUAAUAUGCAUGAAUGCAUUUUGCGCAAUAUGUACGUUUCUAAGUAUGUAUUUAUAGCCGAUGUAGACGAAAUCGUUGUAAGUGAUAUGUUUUCUUCAUGGCAAUCAAUGACUUCCUCUAUCCUUAGUAAACAUCCUAAUUGUGGCGCCAUAUCGUUUAGAAAUGCUUUCUUCCCAAUUAUCUUCAAAGAUGGUGCAGUAGAUUUCCCUGGUAAAACAAUUGCUCGAAAGAUGGGUUUAACAUUUUUGUUGAAAACCACUCGUACCAAACUGCAUACUAUAGGAGAUCGUUCCAAACU